AUGCAGCCACCGGCGCCGGUGGAGUUUGCCCACAAGUCCCAUCCGAUUCCGAAUCACAAGCUUAAGCUUGUGACCGCCGACGAGGGGUUCAACUGCGACGGCUGCAAAGAGCCCGGCCGGCACGAGCGGUACAGGUGCGAGCCCUGCGACUUCGACCUCCACAGGCCGUGCGCGCUCGCGCCGCCGGACCUGCCGGAGCACCGCCUGUUCAGGGGCCGUGCGUUCCGCCUCCUCCACACGCCUCCGCCGACGGAGCCCGGGUACCUCAGGGUCUGCGACGCGUGUGGCGACAAGGUGAGCGGCUUCGUCUACCAUUGCUCCGACCUCGACCUCGACAUACACCCCUGCUGCGCUAACCUGCCGGACCACGUCGCUCUCGACGGUGUUGAGUUCGUGCUCUGCGGCGCCGGCGCCGGCGCCGGCGAUGUGCCGCGUCAGUGCGCCUUCUGCACGGAGGAUCACGGGAAGAGUUGUGGAGUCUCACGGUCACGGUUAGACCGCCGCAAAGUCUGGACCUACCGCUCUUGCUACGACGGCGAGGCCAUGUACCUGCACGUGGCGUGCGUCAAGGAGAUCAUGGUGCAAGAGAUUAUUGCCGCUGGCAACGGCGGCGGCAAGAACUAUGUCAUCGCCGAUUCCGUUCUGAGGGGAGCGAUGAAGAAGCGUUCCAGGACCGGCAAGAAAGCGGUGAAAUGCUUCCUCAAGUUCGUCCUCUCCGUCAUCGUCAGCGUGCUUUUCGGGGACCCGACGGGGAUGGCUGUAGCUCUCAUCGGAGCCGUCGUCUCCAACGUAUAG